UCUGCAGUGGUUGUAACAAAACCCAGACUCCCAGGUCCGGGCCAAUGGAGGCCAUUUGACUGGAGCUGGACCGGGUCUGUCAAAAGCCCUCCUCGGCAGCAGCGGUGGAGUCCAGAAGGAGCGCUGGUGCCGCAGCGCUGCCUCCCCGCCCCCGCCGGGAUUUAUUGAGUAUUUGGACUGGACAAUUAAGUGGCCCUGAUGAUGUUACCAAGCCCGGUCACCUCCACCCCUUUCUCAGUCAAAGACAUUUUGAAUCUGGAGCAGCAGCAACAGCACUUCCACGGCGCUCACUUGCAAGCGGACUUGGAGCACCACUUCCACUCGGCACCCUGCAUGCUGGCUGCUGCCGAUGGGACGCAAUUUUCUGACGGAGGGGAAGAAGACGAGGAAGAAGAGGGCGACAAACUGUCCUAUUUGAACUCACUGGCCACAGCCGAUGGCCACGGGGACUCGGGGCUCUGUCCCCAGAGCUAUGUCCACACAGUCCUACGAGACUCGUGCAGCGCGCCUAAGGAACAUGAAGAGGAAUCCGAGGUCGUGAGGGACCGGAGCCAAAAAAACUGCCCGCUGAAGAAGCCUCUGGAGGCGGCCGGAGACUGUAAAGUGGCAGAGGACAGCGAGAGGCCGAAGCCACGAAGCCGCCGGAAGCCCCGUGUCCUCUUCUCGCAAGCCCAGGUCUUCGAGCUGGAACGCAGGUUCAAGCAGCAGCGGUACCUGUCGGCGCCCGAGCGCGAGCACCUCGCCAGUAGCCUGAAGCUCACGUCCACACAGGUGAAGAUCUGGUUCCAGAAUCGCAGGUACAAGUGCAAGAGACAGCGGCAGGACAAGUCUCUGGAGCUGAGUGCGCACGCUCCCCCGCCGCCGCCGCGUCGCGUGGCCGUGCCCGUACUGGUGCGGGACGGCAAGCCGUGCGUCACGCCCGGCGCGCAAGCCUACAGUGCGCCCUACAGCGUGAGCGCGGGCGCCUAUUCCUACAACAGCUUCCCCGCCUACGGCUACGGGAACUCGGCCGCGGCCGCAGCUGCCGCCGCCGCUGCCGCCGCCGCCGCAGCGGCCUACAGCGGUAGUUACGGUUGUGCGUACCCGGCCGGCGGCGGCGGCGGGGGCGGUGGGGCCUCUGCGACGGCCGGGGCCCUGCAGCCCGCCUGCAGCGCUGCCGGAGGCGGUCCCUUUGUGAACGUGAGCAACCUGGGCGGCUUCGGCAGCGGUGGCGGCACCCAGCCGUUGCACCAGGGUGCGGCGGCUGGGGCGGCUUGCGCGCAAGGCACCUUGCAGGGAAUCCGGGCUUGGUAGGGUCACGGCGGCUGGAGCCCCACCGCAGCCUGGCGCAGCGGGACUGAAGCGCGAGAAAGGCUGGGUCCAAGGGCCAGGUCCCCUCGUUAAAAAAAUAAAA